CCCGCCCCUUCCCGCUCGGUGCCGCCCCCGUUCCCCCCCGGUGCCCCCGGUGCCGUUCGCCAUGAGCCGCCUCGGGCCGCCGCUGCUGCUGCUGCUGCUGGGGGCGCUGGGCCCGCCCCGGGCCGGGGGCCAGGAGCCGCCGCCGAGCCCCCCGCCCCCCGCCCGGCACAACGCCAGCAGGCCGGUGUGGCCGGUGUUCCCGUGCGGGGGGGACCACCACGGCGAGUCGGGGUUCAUCGCCAGCGAGGGCUUCCCGCGGCACUACCCCCCCGGCAGCAACUGCACCUGGACCAUCACGGUGCCCGAGGGCCAGGUGGCCACGCUGUCGUUCCGCGUCUUUGACCUGGAGCCGGAGCCGCGCUGCCGCUUCGACGCGCUCUCGGUGUUCGGCGGCCACGGCCCCGCGGCGCCGCUGCUCGGCCGCUUCUGCGGCACCUUCCGGCCCGGGGCGCUGCGGGCGCCCCAAAACCGCCUCCUGCUGCGCAUGGAGAGCGACGGCGGCACCGCCGGCAGGGGCUUCCUGGCCUGGUUCAGCGCCGGCAGCCCCCCGAGCCACGAGCAGCAGUUUUGCGGGGGGCGCCUGGAGAAGCCCCAGGGCAGCCUGAGCACCCCGAACUGGCCCGAGGAGAAUUACCCGCCCGGGGUCAGCUGCUCCUGGCACAUCGUGGGCCCCCCCGGAAAGGUGGUGGAGCUGCGCUUCGGCAAGUUCGACGUGGAGCCGGACCCGCACUGCCGCUACGACUACGUGGCCGUGUUCGAGGGGGGGGCGCGGGACGACGCGCGGCGCCUGGGGCGCUUCUGCGGGGAGGAGACCCCCGGACCCCUCUCCGUGCCCGCAGUGCUGGCCGGCACGGUGCGGGCGCUGUCGCGGGCCCCGGAGCCGGGCUGGGCCGCGCUCUCCGUGCUCGGCCUGCACAAGUGGGGGGCUCCGGGGGUCCCCCCGCCCGCCGCGGGCUCCUCGCUGCGGCUGCAGCUGCCCUGCCGCUCCUGCCCGGCGCUCAGGAAAGGCUCCAGCUACCUCCUGAUGGGGCGGCUGGCGCCCGACGGGGCGGCCCUGCUGCCGCCCGACGCCUUCGUGGCGCCCUACCGGCCCCAGCAGCACCCGCAGCUGCUGGGGAACCUCGGCAAGCGGCCGUGCCGCGGGACCCCCUGAGACCCCCGGGGACACCCCCGGGGAGACCCCCGCCCGCGCCGGGGGGCGGCUCGCCCGCGAAUAAACGGUGCACAGACGGA